CAAAAACUCCUCGAGGGAAAAAUCCCCUCGUCCCGAGCGACGGGCUAGGGUUUCUAGCCGCCGUCACCGCCAGCGCUACCGGCCCUCCACCGCCGCCGCCAGCGCCGCCUCCAGUGCAGCAGGCUCUCCACCGCCGCCCGAGCUACGCCCCCUGCGUAUCCAUCCGCCUCUGAGCAGUACGCCGCCCGCCCAGCGGCCCUUCCUCGCCGGCCGGCCGGCGCCGUCGACCGGAGCUGUGCAGCCCUCCACGGCGAGAAUGACUGAAAAAGCGGUGUGGGAUGAUGCACGUCUGAAGAAAGUCAUAGAAAUAUUCAGAGAAGAGGUUGAAAAUGGGAAUAGGCCCUUAGGUUAUUUUACUAAGAAGGGCUGGGACAAUGUUAUCGAGAAAUGGGAAGCAAGAAUGGGAAAGAAGUAUCCCAAGGAUAAAUUCAAGAAUAAAUGGGAUGCAAUAAAAAAUGACUAUGUGUUUUUCAUGGAGUUGAAAAAUGAAGCAACCGGGCUUGGAUGGGAUGAUGCAAAGAGAACCAUUGUUUGCCCUCAAGAAUGGUGGGAUGAACAUGUUAUGAGAUGCCAAGAGAGGACGGGAAAGAAAUGCAAUCAUUUGAAGUUCAAACAAGAGGGUCUGAAGCACCUUGAAGAUUUACAUGUCACAUUUCACAAAGUACAUGUCACAGGGGCUAGUGCUUCUUGUGCUGGAGAUAUAUCUUCUGAUGAAUCAAGUGAUGAUAAUGCGGUUCCUUUGAAGAAACCCGAUGAUAGUGAUGAAAUGAAGUUGGCAUCCUUGAAGAAACUAAAAGCAAGCAAGAAGCGCAAGCAACCUUCAAUAAAAAAUGAGGAGAAGGAAGAGAAGAGUCCCUUCUUACGAUUGUACAAGCAGACAUGUGAGAAGAUAGAAAGUGGAGUGGAGAAGAUAACCUCUAGUGUUGAAGCAUCAUCGGCUCCUCCUCCAACCAACCUUGUCCCUACCAUUUCGAAGGUUAUGAAGUUGGUGAAAGAUUGUGGUGUGAAAGAAAAAACUGCUCUCAUGCACACAACCCUCAAUCUUAUAGUGAAGCCUGACUUUAGGGAAAUCUUCAGUCUUCUUGAAAUAAAAGAAGGGAGGCUUGAUUAUCUGGAGAGGGAGCAUGAGAAGUAGAUGUUGAAGCACGUGUUGUGAACCAUAUGUACUCAUGUUGUAGAACUACAUUUGCUUUCAUUGUAGAAACUUAUUUUCUUAUGUUGUGAACCGUAUUCGCUUGUGUUGUGAACCUUAUUUGCUUAUACAAUCAUAUUUGCUUGUGU